AUGUCCGUGCUUUUUUUAAUAUCUGAAUUCGGGGUCGUAUUUUUCUUAGACAAGAGAGCACACAGCACAACUCCAUCCCUUAAAACCUUCCCCUUUUACCAAAAAAUUGUGAAUCAUAACUUUUACUGUUUUAGAGCUGAACUGGCCGCCAGAGGGUUGUUGAACUCGAUUGUCGCUUCGGCGACUGUAGCGCUCUGCACUGCAGCCUCCCCAAGUGGCGAUUGCGUCUCCACAUCAGCGGAAGAGUCACUUUGGGACGGUGUACUCGCUCUGACGGCCCGUCUUCAUCCCCUGAUGGUUCCCCUCCCAUCCACGGUUCGGAUCCCCAAAUUUAUUGGAGUUCCUCUUUCGAUUGGAUUUUUGAUUUUCCUUACGGGCGUCUACCUUAUACAUUUUAUUGCUUUCUUUUACUCGAAAUACAAAGUGAACAAAGUUGUCUCCUACAAGAAACGAACAGCUGGUGUCUCGGUUGUGAAGCCUCUCGUUGGAGUAGACGACAAUCUCGAAAGUAAUCUCGAAACUUACUUUAACGUUCGAUAUCACGAGUUUGAACUACUCUUUUGUGUACAUGAUAACGAUGAUCCGGCCUUAUCAGUGGUUCACCGAUUGAUGAGAAAAUACCCUGCUGUGAAUGCGCGAAUAUUUUGUGGUGGAGAAGAUGUUGGGCUCAAUCCGAAAAUCAACAACAUGAUGCCUGCAUAUCGAGCCGCAAAAUAUCCCUUCAUUUUGAUCAGCGAUUGCAGUAUCAGAGUCCAACCCGAAGUUCUUCAAGAUAUGGCCAAUGCGAUGACGGAAGGUGUUGGGCUGGUGACACAGACACCAUUUAGUGUUGACAGACCCGGACUCGGCUCUGCUUUGGAGAAGGUGUAUUUCGGAACAAGCCAUGCUCGCAUGUAUUUGGCCGGAAAUUGUAUGGGUUUUGUCUGCAGCACUGGGAUGAGCUGCUUAUUAAGGAAAAUUGCUCUCGAGGAAUGCGGUGGAUUACAGGCAUUUGGCCGAUAUUUGGCGGAGGAUUAUUUCUUUGGAGUCGAACUGGUGAAACGUGGAUGGAAGACUAGCAUCGGAACAUUGCCUACAAUGCAAAACUCGGCGGGAGUCACGGCUGAUCAAUUUACAGCCCGUAUUUGUAGAUGGAUGAAAUUACGAAUUGCCAUGCUUCCAUUUACGAUUUUGCUUGAGCCAAUCCAGGAUUGUAUUCUUUCGGGAAUACUAGCUGCUUCAUCGAUGUCGUAUUUGGUCGGAAUGCAUUCGUUGAUUUACUUUUCGCUCCACACACUUUUUUGGUUCGCAAUGGAUUACGCAUUGAUAUCUUCACUACAGAAUGGGCCUCUGAAAUACACGUUCUCUCAAUUUCUUCACAUUUGGUUGAUUCGAGAGGCCUCCGCUUUUCCGACCUACCUUCGAGCCCUUCUGCAACCCGAAAUCACAUGGAGAAGAGGGACAUAUCGGCUAAGAUGGGGAGGAAGAGCUACACUUGCAGCCUUCGAAAGACGGCAUUUAGCAUUACUCCAAGUCGGAAGAGCACUUUGCACAUCAAAUAGCCUUAUUUCACAAGGCGAGUAUGAAGCACGCAGCAAUGAAUCUUUGGAGAAACUCUACAGCUACUUUGACACAUUUCCGGAGAUUUGCAAUGUAUCAAAAGAAUAUGAUGUAAGUUAUGCGAUGGGCGUCCUAAACGUCGUGGUCAGCUCGCAAGUCGGUACAUAUGUAAUCAACAAGCAGUCGCCGAACAAGCAAAUUUGGCUGUCGAGUCCGUUUUCUGGACCUAAGCGAUACGACUUGAUCGAUCAAAAAUGGACCUAUCUCCGGGAAGGCGAAUGUUUAGAUGUGCUGCUAACGCGCGAAUUUCGAAAAAUCUACGGAUCAGAUACUAUCAAUUUUACUGCACAUAUA